AGGUAUAUGGAAUCACAGGGGGACCCUCGAAAUGACCCGAUCGUGAUUUGGUUGAACGGUGGACCGGGAUGCAGCUCGUUGAUGGGACUGCUUGAGGAGUUGGGACCUUUCAGACCAAACCCGGACGGGAGAACUCUUUUCGAGAACGUUUUCUCGUGGAAUAAGGUGUGGAAUUUGGGUAUUUUUUGCAUUUUUUGGGGAAUUUCAGGCAAAUUUUUCGCCGCCAAUUUGAUGUUCUUGGAGACGCCUCGAGGUGUGGGAUUCUCCUAUCAGAAUAUGACUGAGAAUGCGGACACGGAAUGGGAUGAUACGAAGACGGCAGAGGAGACGGCUGACGCUAUCGAAGACUUCUUCAAUAUAUAUAAAAAUCUGCGAUCGCAUAAGAAUGAGCUGUAUCUGACGGGUGAAUCGUAUGCUGGCAUAUAUAUACCGAUGACGACGAAUGUCCUAAUCGAUAGAAUUCAGCACAAAGGUUUGCAACUGAAUUUCGCAGGUGUGGCCAUUGGAAACGGCGCCUUCAGUAUAAUCCAAGAGAUUCGUGCCAAUGCUGAUUUCAUGUACUUCCAUGGUUUCUACGGCAGAGAUGAAUGGGAUCAACUGCAGAGAUGUUGUCCUCAAAUCGAACCAUCCGAUGAUCUGCUUCCAUCGGUUAUAUGUGCCUACGAAAAGUAUGUGAGUGUGAAUGGGUCUGGAUUGGUGAAUCCACUGAAUAGUUCCGAUACGCAAUUCCGAAAAUGCAGCGAUCUGGUGGUCAACCUCUCCGAAUGGAGUGUCUGGAAUAAUGUGUAUAAUGUGUAUGCGUUGUAUGAAGAGUGUUACGAGAGAUCAAUCAAGUCGCAGUCGCAACAGCAACGAAAACGUAUUCGAGAACGAAUGGUGCCGACAGCACGUGAACAGCAACUUUUUGAGAAACUCAAAAAAUCACCUAGGAGACUGCAAUCGGCAUAUCGCCACGUGAUGCGAUCAUCUGAGUACGUGUUCUCAACGGAUCAACUGGGUGGUUUCCCGUGCUAUAUGGACGCAGCCUCAGAGAAGUAUCUGGCUCAAGCGCACGUCAGAUCCGCGUUGCAUAUUCCGGAUUACGUACAGAAUUGGGUAGCGUGCAGUCCAUUGGUCGAGGCUGGUUACACCCAACUCUAUAAUGAUUCGUUGCCGGUGCUGCAAAAGAUAGUCGAUAGUGGAUACAAAUUCAGAAUUUUGAUUUAUAAUGGCGAUGCGGAUGCUGGAUGCAACAUCUUCGAGGCUGAGUACACAUUCGAUGAGCUGGCAAAGAGGAAUGAUAUGCAACGAGGUCAACGAUCGCCGUGGUACUAUCGAAUGGAGAAAAAUUACGCGAGCGAAUUGGCUGGUUAUCAGCAGCGUUUUGUGCAUAAUAAAGGGCAGUUGGUCAUUGAUGUGCUGACGGUUAAGGGUGCCGGUCACCUGGUGCCAACCUACCGACCCGGGCCGGCACUUCAGAUGAUCACCAACUUCCUGCGAAACGCCGCAAACUACAGCCAGUUCCAGCCAUUCAAUUUGACCCGCCAUGAACUCCUUCCUCAAUUCCAGCCUCCUUACGUGAACUCAACAACCCCGGAACCGGAACCGGAAACAACCACACCGGAAGAGGAAUCAACAACCACCACACCGGAACCGGAACCAACAACCUCCAUACCGGAACCGGAACCAUCAACCACCACACCGGAACCGGAAUCAACAUCCAUCACACCGGAAGUGAUAACGUCAAUCAUCACAAUCGAACCGGAAUCAACAACCACCACACCGGAACCGGAACCAACAACCCCGGAACCGGAAUCAACAACCACCACGGAAUCGGGAUCUGAAUCAACACCGGAAGAAUCCCCGGCUACUGGUCCGGAGUCAACCGGAACGCCGACGGCAACCACAACGAAAUCAAGUGCUCGAAUGUCGUUAAAAUACAAUUCGGUGACGAUGGCCGUAGUGCAGUUGCUGGGUGCUGUGGCUGUCUGGACGAUGCUGGGAAUGGGCUCGGCUUAA